CGUGUAGCCAAGCGACCAGAGUAGCCGAGCGGCGGUCCUAGGGAGCAGCCAGGAGAAAGCUGAGGAGAAACCGGAAGCACUCGGAAGUCACGUGUUGGCCGGGACGCACGAAGGAUUGGCUUGGCUGGACGUGAAUGAUGCGGCUGUGAUUGCUAAAUUGUCUGGGCAGGGUUUGGACACCCCAAGAAGCUCCCCUGACCUGUGCAGUUCUCUGGAGAGGAAGAGGAGGGGAGGCCUACUUUCUCCAGGAUCCAGGAGUCACAUCCCCUUUGGGAGCACCGAAGUCUGCCCUGGGGAUGGUCAGCAUGGCGUUCUAAAAUCCAUGUGGCUCCUCACAGUGAACCAGGUGUUGAGGAAGAUGCAGAGACGCCACAGCAGCAACACGGAAAACAUCCCGCCUGAAAGAAAUCGCACCCAGGCGCACAGCUCCGAGGCGAGCGUGGAUGGGGGCGGUGUCUUCGAGAGUCUGAAGGCAGAAGCCACCUCCCCGCCUGCGCUCUUCUCCGGCCUCGCCAGUGGCCUGCCCACCAGCCCCUUCCCUGCCAGCUUGGUGCUGGGCUCCGCAGCUGGCGGCGGAGACGUGUUCAUCCAGAUGCCCACGGCACGCGAGGAGGGCAGUGGGCGCAGCGAGGGUGGCACCUUCCACCAUCGUCCGCCCCACCACCACUUCCACCAUGCCACUGGCACCCGCGGGGGCUCCCUGCUGCAGCACGUGGGUGGUGACCACCGCGGGCACCCAGAAGAGGCAGCUGAUGAGCAGCCGGGGACGCCGGCGCCUGCCCUGUCCGAGCUCAAGGCUGUGAUCUGCUGGCUACAGAAAGGCCUGCCCUUCAUCCUGAUCCUCUUGGCCAAAGUGUGCUUCCAGCAUAAGCUUGGCAUUGCUGUGUGCAUCGGGAUGGCCAGCACCUUCGCCUACGCCAACUCCACGCUCCGCGAGCAGGUCUCCCUGAAGGAAAAGAGGUCGGUGCUGGUCAUCUUGUGGAUCUUGGCCUUUCUGGCGGGGAACACCCUGUAUGUGCUCUACACCUUCAGCUCCCAGCAGCUGUAUAACAGCCUUAUCUUCCUGAAGCCCAACCUGGAGACGCUGGACUUAUUUGAUCUGCUGUGGAUCGUGGGGAUUGCGGACUUUGUGCUGAAAUACAUUACCAUCGCCCUCAAGUGCCUGAUUGUGGCCUUGCCCAAGAUCAUCCUGAAAGUCAAGUCUAAGGGCAAGUUCUACCUGAUCAUCGAGGAACUGAGCCAGCUCUUCCGCUCGCUGGUCCCCAUCCAGCUGUGGUACAAGUACAUCAUGGGGGAUGAUGCCUCCAACAGCUACUUCCUGGGAGGAGUCUUGAUCAUUCUCUACAGUCUCUGCAAGUCCUUCGACAUCUGUGGCCGCGUGGGCGGAGUGAGGAAAGCCCUGAAGCUACUCUGCACCUCUCAGAAUUAUGGGGUGCGAGCCACAGGGCAGCAGUGCACAGAAGCCGGGGACAUCUGUGCCAUCUGCCAGGCUGAGUUCCGAGACCCUCUGAUACUCCUGUGCCAGCACGUGUUCUGUGAGGAGUGCCUCUGCCUGUGGCUGGAUCGUGAGCGCACCUGCCCACUCUGCCGCUCGGUCGCCGUGGACACCCUGCGCUGCUGGAAGGAUGGGGCCACCUCCGCACACUUCCAGGUGUAUUAGCGCCACCCGGGGAGGUGCAGGAGGGUCAGCGUCCCUAGGUCCAGCCCUGAAGACUUCCUGGAAGCAGCGUCAACCACUUAGCAUCUGUCUCCUGCCUUCCAGCAAUGCCAGCCCCAACCCAGGCCCCAUCCUCCCCUCCUUCACCCUCCUCCCCUGUGCCAUGAAACCGUGUACACUGCCGCCUCCUGACAGGAGAUUCUCCAGUCUCCUCCCAGGUAGGCCAUCCAUUCUCCCUUCAUGCCAAGGACUUGGCGCUGUGAGAAGGCCCCAUCGACUGAUUACUUUAUCUUAGUACAUGGUACCUAGUACUUGAUGGUACAAACUAGGGCAAAACCUAGAAGUUACUGCCUUCCCCCUGUGGGCCCAGUCCUGCAGACUCAAGUCAGUGUGAGUUAUGUCGGCAGAUGACCUCUGCCAAGUACCUGAACCAACCUAAGGGAGUGAACACUCUGUAUGCCAAUUCCAGCAGGCUGCCUCCUGUGUGAGUCACCUCCUGUCAGUGCAGUGAUGGGGGAUUCUGUUGGUUGUCCCCAUUUGACAAAUAGGGAAACUGAGGCUCAGGGCUCAGUG